GCUCCCAAGAGGGCGACACUUGUGCAGUGCCAGUGUGCACUCGUCGGCCCAAACGGCAAGGUAGUACUUAUUUUGGCGAAAAACUAUCGAAAAUGCCGCCCAAGGGGAAACCCCAGGCGCCCAGCAAAAAGGCUGACGCGAAAAAGAAAGAAAAAGUUAUAGAGGACAAGACUUUUGGUCUCAAGAAUAAGAAAGGAGCGAAGCAACAACGAUUCAUCCAACAAGUUGAAAAACAAGUCAAGACUGGAGGUAUAGCUGCUCGAAAACUUGGGGAUGGAGACAAGCAGAAAGACAAAGAGGCAAAGGCGAAGGAGGCGGCAGAAAUGAACUUGUUGUUUAGGCCUGUCACAACCCAAAAGGUUGAGAAAGGUACUGACCCCAAAUCGGUAGUAUGUGCCUUUUUCAAGCAAGGCCUAUGUACGAAAGGAAACAAGUGUAAAUUUUCUCAUGACCUGACUGUAGAACGGAAGGCAGAGAAGAGAUCUCUCUAUGUGGAUAUGCGAGAUGAUGAGGAGGAAACCAUGGAAAAUUGGGAUGUACAAAAACUUGCUGAAGUAGUCGAAAAGAAACAUGGUGAAGCUGAGAAAAAGAUGCCUACUACUGACAUUAUUUGCAAAUUCUUCUUAGAUGCAGUUGAAAAGUCAAAAUAUGGUUGGUUCUGGUCCUGCCCAAAUGGUCCCUCUUGUAUAUAUAGGCAUGCUCUUCCUCCCGGUUUUGUUUUGAAAAAGGAUAAGAAGAAAGAAAAGGUAGAGGAGAUUUCUCUGGAGGAUCUCAUUGAACGAGAAAGAGCUGGUUUGGGAUCCAACUUAACUAAAGUAACUUUGGAAAGUUUUGUGUUGUGGAAGAAACGCAAACUAAAGGAGAAAGAAGAGAAAUUAGCCAAGGAUGAGGAGAAAAAGAGGCAAGACUACAAGGCUGGAAAGCAAGUUGGAAUAUCAGGACGUGAGAUGUUCUCCUUCAAUCCUGAGCUUGCUGAAGGUGAUUCUAUGGAAGAUGGUGAUGUAGCUUUUGACAGCUACAAGAGAGAGGAGGAAGAGGAAGGAGAAGUUCAGUACCGGGAACUGAAUUUAGAUCUACUUGUUGCUGAAGCUCAAGAGGUUGAUAGCAGUGGAACUAUAGCGUCUGAUGACCGGCUGCAGAGGCUCAAAGAGGAAACGGACUCCUAUUCUUCAAUUCAAAGUCCCAAAGACGCAGACUUGGGGGAGGCUGCAGGAGCAGUGGCAGAAGCCACUGCCGCCAUCAACGAAAACCUGUUCCUGGAUGAUGAUUUAGAUGGAUUAGAUGAUGAGUUGGAUGACCUAGAAAUUUCAGAUGAGGAUCAAUAGAAAUUAAAACUACAUCUGCUGUGCGGCUGAUUCCUCGUGAAAUAAAUUCUUAACCACUUUUUUCUAAUUUUGUGAUUGUACUUCCAACUAUUUCGUAGGCCAUAAGCAUAUGAAUAUUUAUUUCAUGCAUUUUCACAUUUUGUGAUAUGAGCCAACGUUGUGAUCCAAUGAAAUUUGAUAUUGCAAGUCAGUGAAUUUUAUACUAUUUAUUACAGAGAGAAAGAUUUCCCAUUGAAAUGUACUUUCUUGGAAUCUCAUUGAUUUGAGUACUUGAGGUUCUUUUCUAGAUGAUAUGUGCUUACCUUUUCUUCGCAAUAUUUUUUUUUCUUUUUGAAAUUUUCUCAUGUACUAUAAUUUUAGUUGUUUCAGAAUAGUGAAGUGUUAAUGCCUGUAAAUAAUGUGAAGUGGGAAUAAUUUUCAUUCUUUUUGUGCCUGCCUUGGAAGUACAGUUGAGGUAUCAGGUGACUGUUUAUUGUGUUAAGUGCCUUUGUAAAUGAUUUUAAGCAUAUGCUCUCGGUUCAAAUGCCUAGCUGGCUCUAGCUUUUUGUCUGCUCCAUGUCUUUUUUCUUGUUUUCAAUUGAUAUUUUGUUUGCAAAAUUGAGAACUGUUUAUAAAUCAAACUCGGAAUAUUACAAUUUCAAACAUUUGAAAUCUUUUUAAUUUCAUACACCUUCAAUAUUAUGCCUUUGUUUUGUAAAUCUGUUGGCCAAUUAAACUUUGAAUGAAAAAUA